AUGAUAAGAGCAAAUGAGACAGGACAAGUUAUCAUUAUAAUAUUUAUGGCCAUACCAAGUGCUUUCUCACUGAUUUGGUUGACACCAUAUGCAACGUAUGGCUUCAAUGCAACAUUGGUGAUGUGGGAAUAUGAGAGUCCAGACUUCAUGCCGGCGUUUGAUAGAAUUAAUACGUUAACUUGCAGUGCUUUAUCAGGGAUUUGCUAUUUACUUAUUGUGAUUGAUGUGAUUCGAAAGGGUUCAGCGAUGACUUCCAAGAACCAUCGACGUGAGAUAUUGAUCACCAUUCAGGUGAUGCUGAAUGGGGGUUACACACUCGCCGUCUCCAUAUACUUCAUGUUUUUGAGGCCAUAUUAUGUGCCGUACACGGUCUUUUAUAAUGCCACCGAUAUUGCUCUAUGCCUCAUUUGGAAUGGAAAAAGUCCGAUUAUGCAUCUUAUCUUCAAUAGGGAAAUUCGCUUAAAAUUUAUCGCGCAACUCAAGGAACAAUCGCUCAGCUGGAAGGCUAUUAAGGCAAAAUUUUCGACACAAACAAACGCGAUUAACGACAAUAUGGCAUGUUUUAAGCCAGCACAUUCACGAAAUGGACGAAUUGUUUAUUGA